AUGGCGUCACCUGGUCCGGGUGCCGGUAGCGACGAUAUCGAUUUGUACGAGCUUCUCGGCGUUGACAAAACUGCAAGCCAAAAUGAUAUAAAGAAGGCUUACCGAAAGCUCGCACUCCAACAUCACCCCGAUAAAGUUCCCGAAGACCAGCGAGUAGAGUCUGAAGCCAAGUUCAAGUCGGUUACUCAAGCCUACGAGAUUCUUCGAGAUGAGGAUAAGCGUGCCUUAUACGAUAAGCAUGGCAUGGCAGCCUUUGACCCAUCAAGGGGAGGAGGCAUGGGUGAAGAAGUAGACAUUAACGAUAUACUCGCUCAGAUGUUUGGCAUGGGAGUGGGCGGUGGCAUGGGAGGUCCCGGAGGAGGACCCAGAAGGCCCAGGCGCGGCGCUGACGAGGAGUCUAAGUACUCUGUCAGCCUAGAGGAUCUCUACAAGGGCAAGACUGUCAAAUUCGCAGCCAACAAGAACGUCAUCUGCGGGACUUGCAAGGGGACUGGCGGCAAAGAGAAGGUGAAGCCCCAACAAUGCGAUCGCUGCAAGGGACAUGGUAUGGUAGAGGCCUUCCGACAAGUCGGUCCUGGUCUGGUCACUCGUGAAUCGGCUGUAUGUGAUAGGUGUCAAGGCUCCGGCAACUACUUCAAAGAGAAAGAUCGAUGCAAGAAGUGCAAAGGCAAGCGGACCGUUCCGGAGACGAAGCCGCUAGAGAUUUAUAUUCCUCGUGGCUCGCGCCAAGGGGAGCGCAUCGUGUUGGAGGGCGAGGCUGACCAAAGCCCCGACCAGACCCCUGGCAACCUCGUAUUCAUCCUUGACGAAGAACCCCAUGAGGUAUUCAACCGGAUCGGUAACGAUCUUUCUGCUGACCUAGAUAUCACUGUUGCCGAGGCCCUAUGUGGGUUUUCUCGUGUUGUGGUCCAGCAUCUUGAUGGUCGAGGUAUCAAUAUCAACCAUCCUCGAGGAAAGGUCCUACACCCAGGACAAGUACUUAAGGUGGAAGGAGAGGGAAUGCCUGUGAAACGGGGAGAUGCCAAAGGUGAUUUAUACCUUGUCGUUAAGAUCGAGUUCCCCGAGGACGGAUGGCUCAAGGAUGAUGCGGCCUACGAAUCUCUUCAGAAGCUACUGCCUGGCCCGCCACCGGAGAUUAAAGCCGAGGAAAUUGAUGACGUUCCAUACGACGACGAUGCGGAUAUUGAUGAGAUGGGUGCUAACUCUGGGGAUCCGCGAUUCGGAGAUGGAUGGGAGGAUGACGAUGACGAGGCCGGCGGACAAGCACAAUGUGCCCAGCAGUAA